UUCUUAAGUCUCUUUGGAAGUUGUGUUGGGUUCAGGACUGCAGGGUGAGGCUCAGAGAGAGGAGACAGACGACCAGAUUCAGGAUGAGGACUCUGUCACUGGUGCUGCUGGUUUCAGCUUUUACAUUUGCCACUGCAACAAAGCCUAGAAGUCAGUUCACGCGUUACCGCUCAUGGAACUCGCGGAUGUAUCCGGUGUGGAAAGAUGGAGACCCGAGGUUCAGGAACUGUUGGUUUGGUGGUGAUGUAACUUUUGAACUGAAAAACGAUGCACCCACUCUGACUGGAGCAGGAGCAACCUUCAACAUUAAUCUGAACUUCCCACCAAACCAGACCAUGCUCUCUGACGGGCAGGUGGUCUGGGCGCAAAACUGCACCAUCAAUGGACGAGAGUACCAGGAGGGUCAGUCUGUCUAUCCGGACCAGGACACCCAGACCACCGGAGUUUUCCCUGACGGCACACCUUUCAGGAGUCAAAACAAGAAGCCCCACUAUGUGUUUGUGUGGAAGACAUUGGGGCGUUACUGGCAGGUGGCAGAUGGACCGUCCUCCUCCCUCUCUAUCGGCACCGACAACGUCCCUCUGGGCUCGUACAACAUGGAGGUUAUCAUCUAUCACUGCCGUGGCAAAGACAAGUUCAUUCCUCUCGGCUAUGCCUCCACGGUCUUCACCAUCACAGACCAGAUUCCCUUCACCAUCUCACUUGCCCAAAUCAAUGAUGUAAACCAGAACGACCAGAACUUCAUCCAGAACCGAGCCAUUGCCUUCACUGUCAAGCUCCAUGACCCCAGCCAGUACCUCAACAGCGCCGACGUCAGCUUCACCUGGGACUUUGGUGACAGCACCGGUACUCUGAUCUCCAGAGAGCUCACUGUCACACACACAUAUCUCGCAGCCGGGACCUUCAAACCUCAGGUGGUCCUGAUGGCAAGCAUCUCCAAUGGCUGCGGAUCCCCCACUGCUGUUGUUCCUAUUGAUGCCUCUGCGAUACCAGCAGUAGUUGUGGUGCCCUCCACCGCUGAAGCUGUCCCAGCAGUAACAGCAGAGGGAGGAGAUGUGAUUGCUCUUGAUGUUCCUUCCUCUGCGCAGCCAGCUGAAGCAGCAGAGGGAGAUGCAGUCGCUGAUACAGACGCAGAAGCAGUGGAGGUUGCCUCAGUUGCACCUGCAGUUGACGCAGCAGUCCUUCCAGAGGACACUGCUGCCGCUGAUGAAGAUGCAGAUGUUGCAGCUGAAGAUGCAGAAGCAGCAGGUGAGGAGGCUACUGUAGCCCCUGUCACACCUGCAGCUGAAGAGACAGCAGCUGCUGUAGAUGCUGAUGCAGCUGCUGCAGAUGCAGUUGUUGCAGAUACAAAUGCAGCUGUUGCAGAUGCAGCUGUUAUAGAUGCAGUUGUUGCAGAUGAAACAGCAGUGUUAACAGACACAACUGAAGAAGAUGCGGCUCUGAUCAACGCUGCUGCUUCAGUUGCACCUGUUGCAGAGGGAGAAGAAGCUGCAGUGGAUGCUGCAGCCGCUCUUACUGUUGCUCCUGCAACAGAAGUAGUUGAGCAGGAAGCUGACGUUGUGGCUGCUGAUGCUGCGGUUGAUGCUGAUGUUGCUGCUGCUGCUGCUACUGAGGCUACUGUUGCUGUAGAUGCUGCUACUGAUGCUGCUGCUGUAGAUGUUGCUGCCGAGGCGACUGUUGCUGCCGAUGUCGUUGUUGCUGUCGAUGCUGCUGUUAUCGAUGAUGCUGCUGUUAUUUCUGCCGCAGACGUUGUUGCAGCUGAAACAGAAGUUCCUGCUGAUAAUGUUGUAGCUCCUGCUGCCACUGAGACCCCAAUCGUAGAAGAGGCAGCACCAGCUGCUGAUAAUGAGGCUGAAGUACAGGCAACUGAGAACGAAGUUGCAGCUACUGCAGCUCCUGAAGCAGGUGAUGAAGCGGUCGUUGCAGCUGAAGCUGAGGUUCAAACAGAGGCGGAAAUAGAUCCAGCACUGGUUCCCAUCAUUUUAGCUAAGAGACAAGCACCAGAGCUGACAGAAGACUGCACGGUCUACCGUUAUGGCUCCCUCGCCACAUCCGUAGAGGUGAUCCAGGGUAUUGAAAGUGUAGAGAUUGUACAGAUGACCAACGUGGUAGCAAUGGCGACCGAGUUGGAUCAAAACGCUGUGGACAUCACCAUCUCCUGCCAGGGAAGCCUGCCAAGUGAGGUCUGCACAGUGAUUUCAGACGCGGACUGCAUCACACCAGUGGAAACAAUCUGUACUGCAGCUACUCCCUCUCCAGACUGUCAAAUGAUUCUUCGUCAGUUCUUCAAUGACUCAGGAAUAUUUUGCAUCAAUGUCUCAUUGACCAAUGAUGUCAGUCUUGCUGUUGCAAGUGCUAGAGUCAGUGUAAUAGUAGCCUCCAGUGGUUCCCCAGCUGGAACCGCAGCCACAGUCGUGGGGGUCAUGGUUCUCGCCUGUGUUGUUUGUUGUAUUGGUUUGAUGUACAGGCGAUUCAAGCAGUACCAGCCACUCAGAGAAGACUCUGGCAGUAAUGGAGGAAGCUCUGCGGUAACAUCAAUGCCUUUGUUGUUGUGGAACCUGUUGAGUCGUCAGUCACCAGGAGAGAGUCGUCCACUUCUUCAGGGGAGGACUGUGUGAAUAUUAUCAUCAUCAUCAUCAUCAGCUCAUGCUCUUAACAUCUACAGCAAUGCUACAAUAUUGACUUUAUAAACAUAAAACUGUAACUAUAAUGAUAUUGUAACUCCCGGUCAAUGUAGUAAACCAGAAUCAAUCAAAUGAGCCAGCCCUGUGUGCAACAAUGUGUGUAGAAAUAGAAAGGAGCAACGUUUGUAAUAAAGAAAUGUCAUAAGAAUGUUGAAACAUUUUUAGAGGAAAGUGAUAUUUAUUUGGACCUACAUUAUUUUUUAUCAAUUGGCACUGAUAGUUUAUAGAAGCCAUAACUUAUUCUUUUAUUUGUGGCAUACUUAUAGCAAUUUGUAAAAUCAAUGUUAACAUAUUUCAGUUCAUUUUCUUGACAAUGUAAUUUAAAUCAUUUACAUCACAAAACGUUAUUAUAUUUGUUACCCUGAAAUGAAUAAAGUUGAACUUUAUCACCAACAA